CUAGCUAUGUCCGGGGCAACCACGGAGGCUGUUGAGGCAUUCAACCCUCCCCCCACAGUGGCUAAGCUUGACGAUACCACAUUGGUGAUGUGUAUGGUGCAGAUUGGCGCUACAUGGGCUUGCUACGCCAUUGACUUUGCAAUCCGGGCAAUAACAUUGAUGGAUCCGCUUAUCUCGUCCCCUAAUGACACAUCGAUGGUACAAAUGCACUCGUUCAACGCCCCCAGGAUCUUAAGCCAAGCUAUACACUGCAUGCAUAAACACACUGGGAACAGUUCAAUUGGCAACGGGUCCUGGGAAAAGAUCUUGCUAACUGGAGCUGACGAAGAACCGCAGUGCAACAUUGAGGGCUCGUCUAUAUGCGCACUUAAUUACGCAAGGUGGUUCAAUGGUACAACGGUAUGCAAUCCUAUUGGGAAACAGCCAGUAUUAGCACAGUCAAAGAAGGAGCUUCUGGUAGUAAUGCGGAUACAAGCCAGUAUUAACAACGGGCAGAAACCAACUUUCUUUGGCCGGGCCCAACUCGAUAUGCUCGAGGAGUAAAAUUAGCACCGGACGCAUGUGUUUGCAAUUCAGUUCGAAGGG